UACCCAUUACACCUCUGACACAUCUUCCAAAGGUAACCGCUGCAAGUGGUCGACGUGGGCUAGCUUUUGAAACUUCUGAAGAGGGGUCAAUAUCAUAUCAUAAUUGUUUUAAGAACUUGUUUUCUGCGUCGAAUAUGGCUUCGCUGGCAGCCCAGCUGAGGGGUUCGUGCCAGUGCGGUCGGAACCAAUAUGCCAUUCAAGUCCCCAGCGCCUCGUCUAGCCUAGCACAGGUGAUAUUCGAUUCCGAUGUAAAUCACCGCAUUUCUUCAGCGUCGCCUCUAUCUGCCUUUCUUCGUGUUCCCUUGCCUUGGUAUCAUAGCGAAGUCUUCCCCUUCUUCCCCGACGAGUCACGAUCGACUAUCCGCCGUCAGUAUGCUCACCCGGCCGAACGCCAUGCCCAGAGAAGCUUCUGCGGGUAUUGUGGCACGCCACUGUCUUAUUGGUCUGAAGAGCCGCGAGGCGAGUCUGAGUACAUACAAUUGACCCUUGGGAGUCUUCUUACCGAAGACCUACACAAUCUACAAGAACUGGGCCUACUUCCCGAUGAUACCGAUUCAGACGAGAUGGACAUUGCACCCUCGCCCGUGCCAUCUCCCGGAAGGGAACUGAUCGGCCGUGACAUUACAACCGUUCCAUGGUUCGACAGUCUCAUCUCGGGCAGCCGCCUAGGGAACAUAAAGACUAUGAAGGGGGUUCGACACACCUCAGACGGAACCGGCCGAGUAGAAUUCGAGGUUACUGAGUGGACAGCCGAUGAUGACAAUGAGAAUGAAGAGAGAGAAGCCCCCACACCGGAAUUCUUCACGUCAGGCUCGGGUAAGAGGAAGAGGCUAGAAACCGAUGGUGACAACAAUAUGUCCACUCCGUCUGCUGCCUAACCCUGCCGCACUAUCACCUAAGCAGCAUACCAUGUUCAACUGCGAUCGCACUGCGUGGCAAGCGUCGAACGGCAUUAUAGCGAUGCGAUACCAACUUCCCUUUUAACGAUGUUGGACUAGCAGUGUCGCUUAUAGCCGGUCUGUUCGCUGUGAUGAUCUUGCAACUUGGCUGUCAGACAUGACAUCAUCUUGGCAAUUAUAGCUC